AUGUCAGACGUCGAGAAGGGCGUUUCCGUCAGUCCCGUAGCUGGUGGUGAUGCUGCCUCCAAGGAGCUCGACGGCGCCAACGCUGCCGUUGGCAGUAUCUCCACGACGCAUACAGCCACAGCUGAAGGGGACUUCCUCAUAGUCGAAUUCGAGAAGAACGAUCCCCGUGCACCAGCAAACUUUUCAUACUCCAAGAAAUGGUCCAUCACCUUGAUCUCGGUGCUGUUCACCGCCAUUGUCUCUGCCUCCUCGUCUGACUACUCUUUCGGCUAUGACAGCAUGAUACCAGAGCUGCAAUGCACGCAGAUGCAAGCAACGCUCGGCCUGAGCAUGUUCACGCUCGGCUUCGCCGUCAUCCCAUUGGUGUCGUCCCCGUUCAGCGAAGAGGUCGGGCGCAAACCCGUGUACCUCGUAUCUGCGACUGGGUUCGUGUUGUCGCAGGUGAUGAUUGCUCUUGCGCCCAACAUCGCCGUUGUCAUCGUGGGCCGGUUCCUCAAUGGUGCUUUUGGAUCCACGGGUGCCAUCCUCGUCGGAGGGACGAUCGCGGACAUCUGGGAGCCUGCUCAGCGUGGUCUCCCGAUGUCGCUCUAUAGUCUCAUCGCACUCUUUGUCACCGCGGGCGGGCCGAUCUUCGCCGGCUGGGUGGACAUGAACCGCCACAUGCAGUGGCGCUGGAUCGCGUGGCUUAACGGCAUAUUCGGCGGCGCGUACGUGCUCCUUGCACUCGCAAUCACCACGGAGACGCGUGCGUCGAUCAUCCUCGCACGCAUGGCAAAGGAUAAGCGCAAAGAGACGGGAGACGAACGGUACCGUUCACGCUCUGAACUGGAAACACCUGGGUUCUGGACCUUGAUCUGGAUCUCGUGUACACGGCCGUUGUAUUUGCUGUUCACCGAACCGGUCGUGUUCUUCUUCAGUCUCUGGAUCGGUUUCGCUUCCAUCGGCUCGCUCUUCAGCUCGGUCUAUGGCUUCUCUACCGGAGAAAGUGGCUCUGUGUUCACCGCCCUCUGCAUCGGCUCUCUUUUGGGCUGCUCCCUCAACUACUAUCAAGAGACCAUCUACCGCCGCAAGUACGCCUCCCGCGGCCCCGAAGCGCGCUUGUACGUCGCACUGGGCGCGGCCCUGCUCUUCCCGGUAGGGAUGUACAUCUACGCGUGGACCGCGUUCCCGCACGUCACAUGGGUAGCGCCCUGCGUCGGGCUCGCGGUGUUCAUGUGUGCGACGUACGUGAUCUACCAGACGGUGUUCAUUUACCUCGCAGAUUGUUAUGGACAGUGGUCGAGCUCGGCGCUGGCGGGGCAGAGCCUGUUCCGGAACAUCAUGGGCAUGAUCUUCCCUUUGUUCACGACGCAGAUGUACAAUAAUCUGUCGUACAAGUGGGCAAACACGUUGUUUGCGAUCAUCGCGACCAUUAUGAUUCCUAUACCCUGGGUCCUGUUCUUUUACGGGUCGCGGAUUAGAGCAAAGAGCAAGAUCUCGCAGGAGAUCACCGCUGAUGAAGCCAAGAAGUGA